AUGGCCGUGCUCGCCAACUCUGGCGCGGUGCCGGCGCCGGCGCCGCUGCCUCCGAUCAAGAUUUUUGGCAUGACGGUGCUGCCCAAGGCCAUGCGGGUCGACUUGUUGAAGCAGGCCGUCGGUCUCUCGCUUCCGCAACCUACGCAGGGCUAUGAUGAUCCCUGGUAUGCUCCCACGGCGCCCCAGGAAAGAGAACGAGGACGUCCAUGCCUUCGCAGGCACCACAGGACUCCGGAGAUUCAAUUUCUGUCCCUGGCAAUGCCAUCGAUGUGA